GCAGUGAUUGGGUUAAAGAAGUAAAAAUUGACGUUGGCAUGGAAGGUCGGAAGGAACUGUAGCACUUGUGGGAGAGGAGUGGUGGCUUGGCACUCAUUUUCCAUAGUUCUCUUCUGCAAGGAUUGGAAAUAGCUAUGUGCCUGCUCAGGACAACUAACAACUUCAUGAAUAGUGUUCUUGGAGUUACAAUCAUUUGGAAGCAACAACCUUGGUGUUAUUUUGUUUUGGUUUUGGGUUCUUUUGGGGUUUGGUUUGGUUUUUUUUAACAUAUAUUUUUAAUAUCAGUCUCUGAUGGACUGGAGAGCAGAAAUUAAUGAUAGGAAAGGAAGUAUCUAUUCUCAUACUGAAUUUUUACUCUGUAUGCCCCUGAAAUUAUUGUGGCUACUGUAACUACCUUCCCUUUAUGGCAAGGAGGUACACUACUCUAGAGAGGUGGGAAGGAGAGGGGUUCAUUCAGAAAUGGUUGCUGUGGGAGAUAGCACUCUUUUUAAUUUUCGUCUUGUAUUUCCAAAAUGUCCAUACCUAGCUGCCUGACUGGGUGAGGGCUUUUGGUUUUUUUCUUUUUGGCCACAAAUUUGGGGGUUCUUUCCUUCUUUUUUUUUUUUUCCCCUUUAAGAAAAUAUUAUGGCAGUGGUAGUUGAAGUUAUUUCUGGGAGAGAAGCUAAAUAAUUACUUAUUAAGCUUUUUAAUAUUGCUUAUUAAGCUUUUCCUUCAGCAGAUUUUGCCUUUUUGGUGAAGUGUGAACAUGUUAAAUGCAUCACUUGCAAUAGUUAAGUUCCUUGAAUCAGGACUUCUGAAGAUUAACAGUCUCUGUGUACAUCAUCAGGCAAUAAAGCCUUACAGUACUUCUGCUCUUGUUCUACAUUUCUGAAUCACAUGAGGGUGGUUUCCAAAGUGAGACAGCUGGGUUUGGAGUGUUCGUAGCCACUUCUCCCAGGGCUGAGCUGAAAUGUGAUAUCUGAAGCACUUGGUAAAGCCUAGAGAGGAGACCAGAUCUGCACAGGAAACCACCUUUGGUACUCCUUUCCUAGUUGGGCAUAUAAGUAAUAAAGGAAGGUAAAGUUUGCCUUCUUGUGACUAAUGCAGGUCUGUAGCGAAAGGGGAUUGUUCCUCCCCUUCCAGAGAGAGAACCCAAGCACCCCAUGAGGAGCAGGCCUUUCUGCUGUGGAGGUGCUGUGGAGGCCGAGGAAUGAUGCUGCCAUUCCAUUGUGCCCUCCAGUCUUUUGGCCUAGAAGGGGGGGGAGCAAGAGAGACCACAGGAAUAUGGACUGAAGAAAAUGCACAGUGGUUGUAAAAGUGUGAAAUGAAAUACAACAGAAAUAGAGUUCAGAAGUGCUCUCUCAGGAGGUACCUAAAUCUUACUUUUGAAGAUCUGAAUGGCAUUUCACACUGGUCAUCUACAGAGAGGACAAAGGACACUUUGCAGAAGAAAAUCUUUUAUACCCACAGUUUGAGAAAAAAUCUUGGAAGAUGCAUCCUGAAAUACAGAAAAUGAGGGAAGUUGCCCUUGUUUACCUUGACAGAAGUGGCGGUCUUCAGAAAUUUGUGCAUGAUUGCAAAAGAUAUAAUGAUUCAAAACAAAGUUAUGCUGUUUAUCGUUUCAUUAUUUCAAUAAAUCCUUCUGACAUUGCUGAAUUGGAUGCAACUCUUGGAAACUAUAUUCUUCAUAAUCCCCUACAAGCUGCACAGAUUUUUCAGUCAGUAUGCUUCAUAGCUAUUAAGACAUUAUCAUUAAUUGAGCAAUUGGAGACAGAGGCCCAGAUCAGUAUAUUGCUGAAACCAACACAUUUGCCACCUUUACCAAGUUAUGUUCUGAGUCUUUCUGCAUAUCCCUUUAAUUACACAUCUCAAAGAUUUUAUAUGUCUGAAGGGAUAGUGAUUGCAAUGGGAACUGUAACAAAAUACACACAAGGAGCAAGAUUUCUUUGUGCUGAGGAAACCUGUCCAUUCUCUGAAGGGUUUAGGUACAUCAGAGUGCAUUGCCCUGGAGCUACAGAGUCUGCCACAGUUAGGACUGAUUUUGUGUGUAGCUUGUGUUCUUCACCACUGCAGGAAGACAUGAAAUUUAGAGUACUUGGUGAUAAACAAAUAGUUGAAAUGAUUGAUGCUAAAAUUCUGAAUGCUUUGAAAGGAUAUUCCAACGAUAAAUCACAUUUUAGGAUUCAGGCAUUUACAGUUUUCUUGAGAGGUCCGCCUCCCCCUCCUUUUCUUUUUUAUUUAUUUCUAGAUGAACUGGCCAAUAAAAUGACAAUAGGAAACCACUACAGGAUUAUAGGAAUUCCAGCUUGUGUACAAAAUGGCUUACAAGCUACUGCAUGUAUAGAAGUAAAUAGCAUACAGCUCUGCAAACCAAAUGGUCCUUCUUUUCUCAGUGACAAUUUUAAGUAUCUGCUCUCAUUGACUUCAAGUUCAUGCUGGAGGUUUACUGCUGUCUUGGCCAACAUCUUUGCUUCUGAAGUUGUUCCACCAGGCACUUACAAUACUCUUAAACUUGCAAUAUUGCUGAGCCUAGUACAGACAUGUGAAAAAGAAAAUGCAGAUUAUCUGGAUCUGUUGAUUGUGACAAGUGACACACUAGUAAUUGAUAGGCUUCUGAAUUACAGUUUAUGCCUUCUGCCUCGUGGCAUACGACACCCACCUUCCAGUGAAAUUUUUCCUGCUGUGUCCAAAGAUAAACAUGGAACUGGAAGUGCCAGUAUUCAAGCCUGCAGCGCUGUGCUGGCCAAGGGUGGUGUCUGUUACAUAGGAGACUUAUCUUCAUAUAAAAAGGAUAAACUUGAACUUCUACAGUCUGUACUAGAGAGCAGAACAACAACAGUAUUUAUUCCUGGGAAGAAGUACGGAGAAGAAGCUGACCAACAAGUUACUAUUUCAGUUCAGACCAAUUUUUGGUCUUUUGUGGAUGUGGAUUCUUCCUCCAAGAAACAUAUACAAAAGGAGGACUUUUUAAUUGGACAAAUGGACAUGAGUUUGAUUCCAGCUAACCUUGUAGAUGAUUUUGGGCUCUUGAUAUACAAUGAGUUUCCUUCGUGUCGACUAUCUUCUCCUCUUGUACACCAUAUCUUGAAAAAAGCCAUUAAUCCUGAAGCCAUGCUGUACAAAGUCUCACAGCAGUUCAGAACACAGGAUUAUGAGGAGUUUAUUUUGUUUGCUAAGAAUCUUCAUGUUGAACUGAGUUCAGAAGCAGAGAACCUCAUUCAAGGCUACUAUCUUGCAAGUCGCAGGGUGAGAAGAGAUUCCGUUCAUGGAUCAACAUUAUCAGCAUCUGCACUAAAAAUUCUGAUUUCACUGUCUAAGGCUCAUACCAAGCUAAGUUUAAGACACACAGUACGUGAGGAAGAUGCUUUGAUUGCCAUCUUGUUACUUGAGUCAUCUCUUACCCUAAAACACGGCACAUCUGCAUUAUGUGUAGCACCAAAUUCUGUAUUUCCAUUUGACCUCAGUGAUGAAAACUCCCUGCAACAGAGAGAUAUUUACCUCAUGCAGUGUCACCAUGAACUCCUGAAGUUUAUUGCUGCAUAUGGUCCAGGAAUGCACAUCAACACUAAUGAAGAGUAAAAACUCCUCUCUGUGGAGCAAAGCCUGAAGCUUUGGCUUUUUGAGAGACUAUUUUAUUGAGUUAGAAAUACAAAAAUAUAAAAAACUUACUAGUUGUCUAAGACAGUUCAGUGCUGUUUUAUAAGGAAUAAAGCAUAUCCAAGAGGAUUUGAAUUGCUAGUUUUUUGACAGUGUUCUUUGAAGGUAGGAGGGAUGCCUUCAUCCUGGGAGGCCAUGGCCCCAGAAUGUAGCCACAAUCAGAACCUCUCUUCCUAGCUACAAAUGUUCAUUCACUGUUAAAUGAGGACUAAGCAGGGUUUUUAGUAAGACAACUAAAAUUUAACCCCCAACUUCAGAAUCUAAUGUUGCCUUUCAACUACGUGAAUUCACUGCAGUUUUUCUUGUUGCUUCUUUUCAGGUGUAUCACCCAGAGGGUUAAGUAGUUUUAAGUACAUUAAAACUUUUCCUAGUUCAAGCCAACUUUCAUUACUCAUGCUGUAUAAAUUUUGAAAUGU